AUGGAUCCUGAGGAUCUGUCAAGCGGGGUGGCGGGAGCGGAACGGACGAGGCUGCCGGUUCCGCUGGAGAACAGGCCGGGAGUCUUCCUCGUUGGAUCCCCGAACGUCGGCAAGAGGACGCUCCUCUCCCGUUAGUGAUCCCCCUAGAAAUACUUUUACUUCGAUCGAUGAAUUCUAUGAACAAUUCGUCGCCGUUUCCUGAUGCGACCUGCAGAUCGUUGGGCUCCUCUGGGUCUCCCGCCUGGAGUGGGUUGAAGGCUAUGAAAAAAUCGCUCUGAAAUCUGUUCAUCGAUCCUCUGUUUAACUUUUGAGAAACCCUCAUCCUCUCGAGAGAUGCCUCAUCCGUCUUCGUUUGCUUGACAACAAUCUCAUCUGCAGUUUUCGUGACUCGAUCUAAUUCUUCCAUUGAUUAUAGGGUUGCUUUCGAUCGACCUCUCAGAUGAAUCCGACUCGCUCGCCGGAGUUCUCCGCCAUGGGUGAGUAACUCUUCGGGGACGAAUUAUUUCUGGUGAUUCUGCAUCGAUCGUUCUGCCGGGAGUACGGGUGCGGGUAUGAUUCCAAUAGUCUGGCAGGUGGACUAUUGAUACGAAGUAUUACUCUGCCGAUAUUUGCAUAUGGACUGCCCAACUCGAUGGGCAUUUCUCCUUUGGGAUGCUGCAAGCUUCUGACCAGCUCACGGCCUUGGUGAUGGUCUUCGACAUGAACGAUGUGAGCAUCAGGCGCUUUCUUUCACCCUCAUCCUCAUCUUGCUGCAGAAGCCCGAUGAAGGAGGGGCACUCUUGAACGAUGAUGAUAAAAAUAUCUUGAAUCGCUUCUUUCUUCAGGCAUCAUCAUUUGUCGCCCUCCAGAAUUGGGUUUCAGGGGUUGACCUGCAGGAAUUCGAGAUACUGCUAUGCGUUGGAAACAAGGCCGAUCUUCUGCCUGGUCACCUUGCCCACGUGGAGUACAGAAGGCAGCUGCAGAAGCAGAGAGAGUCAGCUUAUGAACCCCAGCCAGAGUUCCUAGACUACGGGAUCUCUGAGACCGAGGGCAGCAGCCUGUUGGGUGAGGAAGAACCAUCCUCAGAGAUCAGGAAGUCAUACAUGGAGUGGUGUAGCCGAUAUAAUAUAGAAUUCAUAGAAGCGUGCGCCUCAAACGCUGACUUUGAUAAAUGUAAGUCCGAUCAAUCGAUCUAAUCUCAAAGGUGAUCAUGAGCGGCUGUCUUUUUUGGAUUUCCUGAAGGUGGAAUCUGCAUACGAGUGCCCUCUUCCUUGUUUAUUUUUGUUCAUUACAGCCUAAAUAAUUAGCUCAUGAAACAGACUUUCUUUCAUUCCCAGCAUGCAGUCGGAUGUUAUGAUGGGUUGACUAUUUCUGCCACGUUCUUCAGUCAUGCUUCUUGUGCUUCAGUUAGAAGACUCCUGUGUGUCCGCCACUUUGCUAAAUCAUGCUUCUCGACAGGUUUAUCAGCUGAUGGAGAUAUCCAAGGAGUAGAGCGAAUCCGUGGAGCUCUCUCUGCCCAUAUGUGGCCCGGAAUGGUUCUCAAGUCUGGAGAGAAGAUACUGAAGCCAUCCCUCAGUGAAACAGGUGGCGACAGUCAACCCCCCACCCCCUCUUUUGCCAUUCCCAUGGAUUCUUUUCAUCCACGUUUGUGUUUCUCACUGCUGGAAUUACUUCGAUCUCUCUCACCAGAGCAUUCAGAUGAAGAGUCCGAUUUUGAAGUCGAGUAUGAACGCCUGUCUGCUGGCUCCGAUGAUCAGUGGGCCGGGGCCAGCUAUUCCUGGGUCUCAUUUGAUGACCAGGGAGCUUCAACCGGGUCGAGGGAAUGCUCUUCGUCGACGGGGAAGAAGGUUGAAGAAUCACCUGACUGUGGUCAUGAAGAGGGUGAAUCUUCCAGUGCCCAUGGAUCAGCUCUAGAGGGUGCCGGCCAUGAAGAAGAUCCUGUAGUGGAUGAGCCUUCCCAGGCCGACGAAUCUGGCCUGGAUGAGCAUCCUGCAUUCGAGAAUCUGGAGCAGCUGAUGACCGAGAUCGGCAGCAUGCGGGAAAACCUGAGGCUGAUGCCCGACUUUCAGAGGAGAGAAGCGGCUGCGAAGCUGGCUAUGAAGAUGGCUGUCCUGUUCGGCGAAGACAGCGACGGGGACAGCUGA